AUGUUGGUAGACUCUGAACCAAUUAGUAUUGAAGAAGCUCUCAAGAAGAAAGUAUGGUUGAAGAUCAUGAAUGAAGAACUUGAAGCUAUAGAAAAAAACAAUACUUGGGAGUUGACUCAGCUUCCAAAAAACAAGAAAGCCAUUAGUGUGAGAUGGGUUUACAAGUUAAAACUGAAGUCAGACGGAUCAAUUGGAAAACACAAAGCAAUGUUAGUAGCUAGAAAAUUUCUACAUAAAUUUGGAUUAGAUUACAUUGAGGUGUUUGCACCUGUAGCUAGGCAUGAAACAAUCAGAUUAAUGAUUGUUAUAGCUGUUAAUAGAAAUUGA